GCGGUGCGCUGCGAGUGACAAAAUGGCUGCGAGUACUGAAGAGGACCUGAAGAAAAAAUCACAGCCUCAGUUGGUGAAGUUGGACAGGGCAUUCAAAUUGGCCGAGCAGUGGGUUAAUAACAUGAGCAAAUCCUCCUCACAUGACGAGAAGUCCCCUUCAGUGGAACUGGAAGGGCGUCCGGCUGGGCUUGGCAUUGGUGCAACUGUUCCAAAAGAGUCCAAGGUUGCACUUACAAAUAAUCCCGUCGAAAGAAAAUUGUUUUCGAAGCUGCAAACGGAGAAUAGGAAAGCAAACAAGAGAGAUGAGAACUUGGCAUCCAAUGCAAAGGUUGAUGAAGACAGCGAGGAAGAUGAGUCCGAAAGCAGAACCAGAGCUUUCUCCAAGAGAAGACCUUUGAGUUUGAGCUCACCUCUAAAUGCAAAAAGAAAGAACCGACGAUAACCAUAAAUAUUACAUCACAUUACAUUAAAGCGGGAAGGCUAACUCUCACAAAAUCAUACCAUUCAUUCAGUUAGCCCUUGUGUGUGUUCAAGAACCCGCAAUCCGUGGGCAAUUUUAUUUUUUGUUUUUUAUUACAAUUUGGAAGGAUAUGAGCUAGAAAUUUAAAUUUAGGAUAUUAUUGAACACUUGUUCACAAACCAGAAACAUGAUGUCAAGCAUUCACUCACACACUGAACAUGUUCUAGGCAAACAUGAUUGAUCUU